AAUACACUACAAUAUGGCCGACAUUGAUGCAGUGUGUUUUGCCAGGUUUAUUUUGGUGAUAAUUUGAUUUGAAUGCAUUAAUUUACAAACCUAUCGUGACCAAUUAUUGCGCACAUAUAUCAGUGACACCUAACUUUGUAUGUCAGUAGAAAUUAUGCCCAAAUCUACAACGUAAUCGCCCCUUUUCGUGCAAGACCUUCUCAGCGUUCAACAACAUGGCGGCAUCCCCAUUGAAAACCAGCGAGGAAAACUUGGAACGCAAAUUUGAAAAUGUUACAAACACACAAGAUGGCGUGCAGGGUUUAUCGCUGUGGAUCAUUCACCACAAGUCUGCCUUCAAAAGAGUCGUCGAUACGUGGCUGAAGGUUUUAAAGAAAUCAACGACAAAACACAGACUAACUCUCUUCAAUGUUUGCAAUGAUGUGGUUCAAAAUGGAAAGAGAAAAAAGGCAUUGAUUUAUUUGGAUGGAUUCAAGGAGGUAUUAAAAGAAGCUGUGUCACUAGUACGAGAUGAAAGUAUCAAAAACAAUGUUACAAGGAUUUUGAAAAUAUGGAAAGAAAGGAAUAUAUUCCCUCCAGCUUUUGUCACAGAACUUCAGGAUACCCUUGCGACCACAUCUCCUUUCGUUGCCAUGCGUCCAUCACCAGUGGUAACAAACGCUCCAACUACGUCUAUAUCUACAGCUUCUAUAGCAACUACAGCUACGACACAGAGCCAACCUGCUCCAGUCCACACGAGAGCCAAGGCUGAUCCGAAGAUCCUUGCUGAUUUCAAGCCACAAACCCUGAUUGAUCGCAUCAACAAUUUUAAGCGUUUAGAGGGAGAGGUGGAAUUGAAAUGUAAACAAUUGUCAAGUCUGAAGCUGGACGCAUCCAGCAUAGAAGCUGUCAAACAACUCAAAGACCGGUCCCAUGGUAAACAGUUUUCGAAGCAGUUUGAAGAUUCCAGUCACAAACUGGAAGACUGUGUUUCUCAUGCACAGCGUGAGAUAGCUGACAGGAAGGCUCUCAUCGAACUCAUGGAGCAGAGUGAGCUGUUUUAUGAUGAGCAGUACAGGGAGGCGAAAAUUGUGGCCAAUGCCUAUAAGAAUUUUGGAACAAGAAUCAAUAAUUUGAGGAAGAAGUUAGAUGAUCUGAAAGGUUCACUUCCAAGUCCAAUCCCUUCUCCAUCCAUGGAUGCUCCAUCUCCAGGAAACACUCCACCCCAGCUCAAAGAUGACAACACUGAAUCUGUGGAUAUGGAGUUAGAUGAUGAAAAUGAGAGCAACACUCACAUUGUCUCAUCAGCACCUGUCCCUAUGCCAGAUCGGAUUACCAUACCUAACUACAAUGCAGAAAAUGCCUACAACUCUAAUGCUGCAGCUAAUAAAGGAGACAGUGGCCUGGAGUCCAGGUUAGCUACAAUGCUCCCUUCCCUACAGCAGCACAGCUCCUCUGGUGAUAGUCUGGUGUACAAUCCUCCUCCCGUCUACAAUCCACCACCAAAACACAGUGCCCUGAGAGCCAUUCAACUAGAGAAUGGCAACGAUGGGGAAAACACUCCAGUCAAGGAUGAAGGAAGCGCAACUCCAGUGAUGGAUGAAAAGCCUGAAAGUUCACCUCCACGACCAAAAAAUCAAAAUCCCAUAGACUUUCUUACACAGAUUUUGGCCAAAACUACUAAAGGUUCAGAAACCGGGUCAAAUUUUCUUGAAAAUUUAUCACUUUUGACAAAUACAGUAAAAUCUCAGUUUCAAAAAGGAACUACUCAGUCCAUUCUACCUCCCGGGCCUGUACCAACACCUGGUAUCCAACCCCCUCUUGGUCCACCCCCACAACCCCCUAACUCCUGGGCUGAGUGGAAGGCACAGCGUGACCCAACUCCCCAGCCUCCAACCGGUGUUCCUCCCCCUAUGCCAGUCACUUCCCAACCACCCAAUCACCAACCCCCGAUGUCACAGCCUCUCCCAAUGUCACAGCCCCAGAGCAUGCCACCUUCACAGCCUCCUGUACAUCUAGCACAGGCACCCAUGUCCCGUCCCCCUGUUCCUCAGCUCCUCAUCCCUGCUCAGAUGAGAAACCCCAUCCAGUCAUCUACUCCCGGCAUGUUAUCCCCUCCCACAAGCAUUAGACCACCUCCCAUCCCACCACCUAUCUCGCCAGUUCGUCCUCCAAAUAUUCGGUAUCCCCAAACCUCUUUGUCAUCAAACCCAAUUGCGCCUCCUGUCAGACCAGAUGGAUGGAAUUUCCCCCAGCCUCCUCAGGGACCGCCACUUGGCCCUCAAGGACAGCCUCCUCGGGGUCCUCCCCUUGGCCCUCAUGGACAGCCUCCUCAGGGUCCUCCCUUAGGCCCACAAGGGCAGCCUUCUCAGGGGCCACAACAGGGACCUCCUCAACCAAAUAUGGGCCCGACACAUGGUCCACCACAAAGCCCAGUUCCCCAACAGCCCCAUUUUAUACCACCCAAUCCAGGAUUUCAUGGACAACCUCCAGGUGGAUUUCAGGGUCAGACAAACCAUAGUUCGUCCCCUCCUUGGCACCAAACACAGGGUCCACCGCAGGGUGGGCCUCCUAUACAGCAGGAUCAGUCGUCUGUCCCCACAUCUCCACUCCAGUCACCCCCUACACCUCCCUCUGCUCCUCCCAAAAGCAUUCUUAGAAACAGAAAGUCUAGUUUGAGAGAGGUUCCUCUCACUCCUAGCCCAGGGGAUCCUAUUGAACAUUCCCCUAUGAAUUCACGUAUUCCAAAGCCUCCCAUGGAACCUCCAAGCCCAGAUCAUGUUAGGUCACUACGUUUGUCGAGGGAGGAUUCAGACUCUUCUACGGGUCAUGUGCCAGAUGACCAUAAGGAAUUCCUAGAAAAACUAAAGAGGAAAACUACGAGCAAUAUGGCUCGACCUGCUCCUCCUUCAAUGGAGCAGGAAGAAGAUGAGUCGAGAAUUCCUGUGUUCACACGUAAUGUUUCUCAGUCUAACCUGACAACUAUAACACCGGUGGACCUCGAGGAGCCUAAAGACUCUGAAAGUGCUGAAGAUACAAGUAAGCAGGAGAACAAUAAUGAUGACAUCAUCACCCAGAUUAGUACUAUAGACAGUAAUCCCAGGGAUCCAAUGGUUAAUAAACAUGAUCCAGAUGACAUUCGACAUGUGGGUGGACCCAGACGCCACCAUGAUAACUUUCCUCCAAGUCAUGAGAUGAGGCCAUAUGAGGAUCGUGGUGACUAUGAACGCUACGGUCGUCCCGCUCCUCCUCCUCCUCAUGGUAGGGAGUUCUAUGAUCGAUACAGGGAUCCAUACUUCAGAGGCCCUUACGGAGGCCCAACUCCUCCAAAAAGGCCAUAUCCAGAUCCGUAUGAUGCCCACAGAAGGCCUCCUAGACCAUAUUACCGAUAUUAACAGCUAGUUAUUGUCAUGUUGUCUGAUUGGGACUGGCAGCAAUCCGGUGUGUGUAAGUGUCAUGUGGUGAUUGAAGUAUGAUGGAGCUACAAAUCAUGUUCUCAUGGAAAUGCAGUUUAUUGUUAUUGCUAGUUAUUUUACAGUAUUUUUUAAGAUCGUAACAAAUAGCAGUUAAACUGUCUUGUGAUAUUGCUAUAAUGAAUUGUUGAUAAAACUGUAACUUCUAUAUGUUCCCAGACUGAAUAAUGUGAAUGUAAAUUGUUUAAAAUAUUGGAAAAUAUUAAUUUUGUUUAGUACUACAUUUAAUCUGGUCUUAAAAUGUCUCAGAUGAGACUAUAUACACUUAAUACCAUGUCUGACUGUUAAAGUAUAUAUGUUACUUAGGUACACUUGUCAAAAUGUCCAUGAAACUCCAUCUCCUCGAACCCUAAAUCUAUUUGGGUUCUAUUUACCUAAUUUGAAUUAUCAAACAGAUGGGUUCUAUUUACCUAAUUUGAAUUAUCAAACAGAGUGCUUGCCUUGUUUUAUGUUCGAUCCUAUGUGUAAUUAAAUUUUAAUGUUGCAAUUCUUUGUUGAUAAGCUUUUCCUCCUAAAUACAAGAUUAGAACAUCUACUGUACCCUUGUAUGUUUUUGACACUUGACUCGGUUUGAAGGGACAUGUGUACUUGACAAUGUUUUGACCCCUUAAAAUCUGAAAAAUAAUGAUAUGACUUCUGAAAUUUUUACCCUUUAAAAUCUGAAAAAUAGUGAUAUGACUUCUGAAAUUUUUACCCUUUAAAAUCUGAAAAAUAGUGAUAUGACUUCUGAAAUUACUAAAAAUCAAACUGGAUACCCUGAAGAUGUACAAACAUCACUCUCUGCUAUCAGGGACAUAGAGACAAUGAUCAGAGCUGUAAAUUAUCCCUGUUUUAAACUGAACUGAUGAACUCUGCCCAACCUCAUCUUUGUUUUACACAUACACAUGUAUAACUCUAGUGGUCUGGACCAUAUGAGUUCCAGUGAAGCGGGGUUUUAUUGUGUCUAUAUUUUAACUCUCAAAAUCAAGAAGCUGCCCACCAUUUUGUGCCAUUUUGGAAGUUUUAUAUAUGUGAAUGUUAAUGUUAUUAACUACAUUGGUGUCACAUUAAGACUUUAUAAUAUCUAGGUACACUGUAUUUUUUCAUUUUACACAGACACACAGUCUCCACUUUAACGUUUAAUUCCUAUCAGCAUUUUGAUUCUAUAAAGGACGCAACAAUAUGCUGUAGUCAAACAGCAUUGUUAUAAAAAUUGAUUUGAUGUAAAAAAAAAUAAUUUGAAUCCACUGUAUUGAUAUUUCUUAGGAAAUAGUGCAAAAUAUGGACCUGAACAGACUUUGGUAUGUCACAACCCAAAACAUCACAAGUCUAACACUAGUUGUGAUAUACCAAAAUUUAUUUACGUUCAUACUUUCCAACCCGAAGAAAAAAAUUCAUAAUAAGUGAAAAGUGCAUUCUAUUUGUGUACUUACAUACCUCAUUUCUGUCGGCUAUAUAGACAUCUAUAAUGAUAUUCUCUACUCACACAAGUUUGAUUGCUCCAUUCAUAGUGCUACUGGUAUGAAGAGAAAAACGUUGAACAUGCUGUCAUUUAGCAUUUGGUGUGAAAAUAACGAAAAUAAGAACUCUGCUGUAUGAAUUAAGCUGUGUCUAUUUCUAGUCAUGAUCAGUUGUUUGCAGUUAGAUAUCUAAUGAAUUCAUACAUAUAUGUUAUUACAAGUACAGUCAAACUUCUCGAAGUCAACGAGGGUCAUAAAAAAAGAUACCCGAGUGUUUGAGGUAGGCGAGUAUAAAUUCUACAUAAUUUUAACUGUUGGAGCUGAAUUUUUCUUCGAGUUAAGCACGGCCUUUGAGUUAUCAUAAUUUGUGAUAACAAGGUUUGACUGUAUCUAAUUCAUAUAUGUCAAAAGAAUUCAUGUUUUGAUCAUAACAUUUCACUAUUUGGUUAGUAUAGCAUGAAAUUGUUGUUUACAUGACUUUAUUUGAUUGUUGUGUAGUACUUGGUUAUCAUUAUUGCUUUUAUCAAAUAAUUGAGAAAAUCUUCGUAUCAUGCUGAUCAGUGAGUAAGUUAGAUCAAAAUUACUGUACAAUUGUUUGCUUAGUUUGGAAGGUGAUUCAGAAAUGUAAUUCAAUAAAUUUUCUCACUGUAUGCUUCAGUAGUGUUGGAGCAGGUUGAGCUAAGUGUCUUUAAGAGAUUGCAUUUGGAAUAGUAUUUACAACAAUAUGACUCUGUGCCUGUGUAAAUGAUUACAAUAUUUUCAAAUUAUUUGCUAAAUCAUAAGAGUGCUAAAUAAAUUAUUUAUAGAUGCCAAUACAUAGUAUUCUGUUUAGACCAUAUUUUGCUGGAACAAUAUAGUCUGGCUGGUUUGUAAAAAGUUCUGAAUUCUACAGAUUUAUCUUGUUAAAUACAUUUGUAUUUAUUUAUCAGAACCAAAUUCUAUUCAUUUAGUUAAAAAUAGUCUGGUUUAGUUUAAGUGGACUGUAUCAUGGAUCCAGAAGCACAAACAUUAUGUGUGAUCUUGAAGCACAAUUUGUGAGAUGCAGAAGACCGAAUAGUUUGUGUUAUGUAAUAUGGUAUUUGAUUAAAGACAAUUCAUGAUAGUGAAACUGAUGUUAAAAUUGAAAGAUUUUGCCGAGAAGGUAUGGUAUGAUGAAAAUAUUUUUGCAUUAGAUGUCUUUGUUCAAUUAAGAGAUCUAAUUAAAAACUCUCAUUUUAUGGUAAAGAAUCAUUGAAGGGGAACAUAUUCUAGCUUAGCAAGAUUGGAGUGAAAGAUUUUAUGUGACCGAGUGUUGAUGUAGGUAAGAAAACUAUUCAUUGUGCAUCAUUUAUCAUGAUUUCGCGUAUAUACUGUGGGUAGAGUAGAACUAGACCCAAGUCAUUGACAGUCAUUGUGUGAUAGUGUUGGCCUUGUUUGGUUGGUUGAGAAGGUGUAUACUUGUUCAUGGAAAUGUGUGUGGCCAUUUUACAUUUGCAAUCAUGUUUUAAACAGCAUCUUCAUGUGAUGCUGUUGUUGAAUUAGACUGUUUUAUCAUCAUUGAUAAUACACUAGGGCUGAAUGAAAAUGAUGAGCAAGUUUGUUCAUAAUAAAAGGGUUAAUCAACUUUA